GUGUCUCGUCAGCGUGCAUUAAGCGCAUGCGCAAUGCCACCUUACGUGGCAUCGGCAGCAGUCACUAUUGCAGCGAAAUAUAUUUUCUUCAUUUAGUGUAAACAUUUGUGGAAAUAUUAACCUUUGUUAUGGUUCAAGUACGUUUAAUGACAUAACGAUCAAAAAUGAAUCCACAAUAUAUACAGCAACAACAGUCACAACAGCAGCAACAGUCACAACAGCAACCUAGUUAUUUCUCUGGUCCUCCAACUUCAUCUCCAUAUGGAGAAGUAAAUUCUAAUGUUCCAUCAAAUAUGUUAAAAAGACCCCCAAUGAAUUCACAAUUAUAUGCUUCUCAAAAAACAAUGCAAGGACCUCCCCUUACUAAUUUACAUCAACCUCAAGCACCAUAUUAUGUGAAUAAUAUACAAACACAAGGAAAUACUCAAUAUGAAUUAUCUACAAACAAUCCACAUAUUAUACCACCUCCAGCAAGUCAAAAUAAUGUAGUUAAUCAAAUGUCAAAUAUGUCUUUGGGAGAUCAACAAAGACCAUCAUCUGUGCAAAAUUUCCCUCCACCACCUUUACCUGGAAAGAACAGUCCGACAAUAUCUACACCUUCAAAUGUGAAUGGUUUUAAUAAUUUAUUAGAAACAUCAUCAGGGAGUGGUUCCACAGGGCAAACUGAUCCUGGUGGAAAAUCUGGAUCAGCUAUUUCUGGACAGAAUGUGCAAGAGCAAAAAGCAGCUUUAAAAGCUUCUACACCACAGCUUACUGGUCUUCCAUUUUCAGGACAUUCUACAGGGACUACUUCUAGCCAUUAUUAUACUGGACAAACUUCACAGCCUGAACAAGCAUUCAAUGCAGGAUUGUCUUUAAAUCAACAUCAACCUGGUCAAAUGAACGUUACUGAUACAUCUGAACAAUCGAAUUUUCCUAAGCCACCAAUGGGGCAGAGAUCUACAGCUCCACCAUUACAGGGGCAACAAAAUGUAUCUAGUUUAUCUUUGCCUGGGCAGCAAAAUCUCUCUAACCCAAUAAUACCGGGUCAAACAAAUAUAUCAGAGCCUCCAUUAUCAAAUCAACAAAUACAUAACAACAUGCUCAUGCAAGGUACACAUGGACAACAAAAUUUAAUAGGACCACCAAAACAAAAUUUGUCAAAUCCACAAACUCAACAAACAUUGUCUGGUCCUCCUAUCUCUACACCACCCUUACCAGGACAACAUUAUUCUUCAUUACAAGGACAACAAAAAUCUGGUCAUUCCUUUGGUCCACCUCCAAUACCAGGCCAGCAAAGUGGUGCCCCACCUUCAUUAACAACUCAACAGGGCUUUAAUAGGCCACCAUUAUUAGGACAACAAAAUUUACCAAAUUCACAAAUGCCACCUCCAUUACCUGGUCAACCAAUGGGACACAUGAUAAAUUCUGGUACAAAUUUACCACUAUCUGGGCAAAGACCAUACACAUCUGGGCCACCAAUGCAGGGACAACAUAUGGGAAAUCCUGUAGGAGUUAGUCGUAGCUCACCCAAUGCAAUGCCUAUCAACUAUCAACAUACAGGAUAUCAAGGCUAUAAUAACGAUAUGUAUAAUGCUCAAAGAGGUUCAUAUCCAGGUAUUUCACCAGGCGUAACGAGUGGAUAUCAGCCAGGUAUGCAACCACAACAAACUAGACGUUUAGAUCCUGAGCAAAUGCCAAGUCCGAUUCAAGUAAUUCAAGAUGAUCAACGUGUAAAAGGUGGUGUAUUCUUAACAAAUCAAAAGGGAUUGGUUCCGCCAUUAGUAACCACCAAAUUCAUAACGCAGGAUCAAGGUAAUGCAUCGCCUAGAUAUAUCAGAUCUACUAUGUACACUGUUCCUACCACAGCAGAUAUUAUAAAACAAACGAAUGUUCCAUUUGGUCUAAUAGUAAGUCCAAUGGCUCGUAUAGCGGAAGGAGAAUACGAACCACCUAUUGUAGAUAUGGGUGAAAUUGGUCCAGUGCGCUGCGUGCGAUGUAAAGCAUAUAUGAGUCCAUUUAUGCAAUUUAUUGAUGCAGGAAGAAGAUUCCAAUGCAUGUUUUGUAAAGCAACAACUGAAGUUCCAGCAGAGUAUUUCCAACAUCUGGAUCAUACUGGACAACGUAUGGAUCGUUAUGAAAGACCAGAAUUAAUGUUAGGAACAUAUGAAUAUAUUGCUACUAAAGAUUACUGCAGAAACAAUGUUUUUCCAAAACCACCAGCUAUUGUGUUCGUGAUUGAUGUAUCAUACAACACAGUUAAAUCUGGUUUAGUUAAUUUAUUAUGCAUGCAAAUGAAGUCAAUCUUGCGACAUUUACCCGUUGACGCUGGUCAAUCGAAAACGAACAUGAAAGUAGGAUUUAUAACGUACAAUAAUACGGUGCACUUUUACAAUAUUAAUUCCUGCCUUGCUCAACCACAAAUGAUGGUUGUGGGGGACGUACAAGACGUUUUUAUGCCACUUCUUGAUGGAUUUUUAUGCGAUGUCGAAGAAAGCGAAUCUGUUAUUGAUGGUUUAAUGACACAAAUACCAGCAAUGUUUGCAGACACACGUGAAACAGAAACAAUUCUUGCACCAGCCAUCCAGGCCGGAUUAGAAGCAUUAAAGGCUUCAGAUUGCUCUGGGAAAUUAAUGGUUUUUCAUUCUUCUUUGCCCAUUGCUGAUGCACCUGGUAAACUGAAAAAUCGUGAUGAUCGUAAAGUACUUGGAACAGAGAAAGAGAAAACUGUAUUAGCGCCGCAAAAUAAUGUUUACAAUAAUCUAGGUCAAGAUUGCGUAGGUGUGGGUUGUUCUGUAGAUUUGUUUGUUUUCAAUAAUUCAUAUGUGGAUCUUGCGACAAUAGGACAAAUUGCCAGAUUAACUGGUGGAGAAGUUUAUAAAUAUACUUAUUUUCAGGCUGAUGUAGAUGGUGACCGUUUAGUUUCGGAUGUUAUUAAUAACAUUAGUAGACCAAUUGCAUUUGAUGCCAUUAUGCGCGUACGUACCUCUACCGGUGUUCGCGCAACUGAUUUCUACGGUCACUUCUUUAUGUCAAAUACUACAGAUAUGGAAUUAGCUAGUAUAGAUUGUAAUAAGGCCAUUGCUAUAGAAGUGAAACAUGAUGAUAAACUAACAGAUGAUGAAGGUGUAUAUAUUCAAGCAGCUUUGUUGUACACUUCCUGCAGUGGAGUUAGGAGACUACGUAUUAUUAACCUUAGUUUAAAAACGUCGUCUCAAAUGGCUGAAUUAUAUCGGACUUGUGACCUAGAUGCUAUCAUAAAUUAUUUCUCUAAACAAAGUGUGUUUAAACUAAUUGAAUCAACUCCAAAAACCGUGAAAGAUAAUUUAAUUUCAAGAUGUGCUAAUAUAUUGGCGGCAUAUCGAAAACAUUGUGCUUCUCCAUCAAAUGCUGGUCAAUUGAUAUUACCAGAAUGUAUGAAAUUACUCCCACUCUACAUCAACUCGUUAUUGAAAAGUGAUGCAAUAUCUGGAGGUGCUGAUAUGACUAUUGACGAUAGAUCUUUUGUUAUGCAAGCAGUUGCAACUAUGCCAAUUUCUAUAUCAGUUGUGUAUAUCUAUCCGAGAUUACUUCCUUUACACGAUAUUGACCCUCAAGAUUCAGAGUUACCACAAAUAUUGCGCUGCUCCAUUGAUAAAUUCACUGAUGAUGGCGCGUACUUACUGGAAAACAGUAUCCACAUGUUCCUGUGGUUAGGCCUGGCACUUUCCCCACAAUGGGUACAGGCAGUAUUCGGUGUCCCAUCAGUAGUUCAAGUUGACACAGACUGUACUGCACUGCCAGUAUUAGAUACUCCACUAAAUAAACGGAUUACCGAUAUCAUUAAUCGUGUACGUAUGGAAAGGCACCGUUGUAUGAGGUUAACUAUAGUAAGACAACGUGAAAAAUUAGAAAUGGUAGUACGUCAUUUCUUGAUUGAGGAUAGAGAAAACGAUGGAAGCCCGAGUUACGUUGAUUUUCUUUGCCAUAUGCACAAAGAAAUAAGAACACUUCUUAGCCAAUAAAAUGAAUAUUAAAGAGCAAUCAGUUACCUUAUGUUGAAACCCUAGCUUGCUACAUGUUUGUGACUGUUGUCAUGUUAUGUCGAGGAUCAGUUAGAUUAUUAAAACGAAAUUCAUUCAAAGCUCAAUGGAAAGCAUAGGUUGUGCGUGCAUUCAUAUGCAUCAUGACAAAAAAAAUAUGAAGCAAAACUUAACAUAUAUUUGUAACAUGAUACCUAUAAAAGGGCAAUGAGAACUUUACAAAAUAACUAAUCAUUCCGUGGAAAAGAAUGGUGUAUUUGACAUCAUAUGAAAACAUCCGAAUGCACUCAUACAGUGAUUUAUACAUGAAUUGUAAACGUAAACUUGUAUUAUUACAUUUUAUUUUAACUAGCUCAUUAAUGUUAUCAUUAUGUUAAAUUAAAUAAUAAAAAUGUAUUAAAUCAUUAUAAAUUUAUAUAUGAAAACAAUAUCUUGUGUUAAUUGAAUAAUACUACUGCAAUGAAAGCUAUUUGUAUGUUAAUACUAUUUUACUAAUAUUAUAUAUUACAAUUUGAAAAAUGUUUUAUAUUUGAGAGUGCAUAUAAAACAGUUAUAUGACAUUUUUUAUUAUAUUUUAAUUUCCACUUUUAAAUAUAGCGUUAUUGUGAGUUAUGUCUAAUAAAUUUCAUAUAUGUACAUUA